AUUCCAGUGGCCGGACGCAAGCGCGUUUCCGAACCCAGCUCCGACCAUGCCGCACCACCUCUGAACCGUCUCUAGUCUGCAAGAGCCACCCGUCGCGUCUCCGGAUCCAGCGGAUGGUGAGCGCCUGCCAGGCUGGCACGGACAGGCCUUCCAGCAACGGCGUUAUUAGGCGAACUGGGACCGGCGCCGUACAACAGAACGGCCAUGCCCUGAGCGCGAACGGGGAGAAGGAAUGGAGGGGCGGCCAGGAGGAGGAGGAGGACCUGCCCAACACGCACAGCGCGCCGCCAGGCGCGCAGCAGUUAGAUGGGCAGAAGCAUCACCAGGGGCCGGUCAUCCGGUGGGAGAGGUUCCUGCCGGUCAAGACGCUCAGGGUCCUGCUCGUGGAGAACGACGACUGCACGCGCCACAUCGUUGGCGCUCUGCUCCGUAAGUGCGGCUACGAAGUUAUCUCUGCGGAGAAUGGAUUGCAUGCAUGGCAACAUCUUGAAGAUCUGCAAAACCGUAUUGACCUUGUAUUGACUGAGGUUGGCAUGCCUUGUCUGUCUGGCAUCGGUUUGCUUAGUAAGAUCACGAGUCACAGUAUCUGCAAGGGCAUUCCUGUGAUUAUGAUGUCUAAGAAUGACUCAAUGAGUACAGUCUUUAAGUGUUUGUCAAAGGGAGCAGUUGACUUUUUAGUGAAGCCUAUACGGAAGAACGAACUUAAGAACCUUUGGCAGCACAUAUGGAGGCGAUGCCACAGUUCCAGUGGAAGUGAAAGUGGCAUCCAUACACAAAAAUGUUCCAAACCAAAGACUGGUGAUAAAUACGAGAACAACAGCGGCAGCAGUCAUGACGACGACGAUGACGACGACGACGAUGAUGAUGAUGACGAUGAAGAUGAUGACUUCAGUGUCGGACCCAAUGCAAGGGAUGGCAGUGAUAAUGGAAGUGGCACUCAAAGUUCAUGGACGAAGCGUGCUGUGGAGAUUGACAGCCCACAGCCUAUGUCUCCUAAUCAUCUAACAGAUUCACCCGAUAGUACUUGCGCGCAAGUAAUUCAUCCCAAAUCAGAGAUAGGUAGCAAUAAGUGGUUCCCAACCGCAAAUAAAAGGAGCAGCAAUAAUCAAAAACAGAAUAAUGAUGACUCCAUGGGGAAAUACUUAGAAAUAGGCGCUCCUGGGAGCUCAAGUCGUGAGAAUCAAUCUUCCCCAAAUGAGAUGUCUGUUAAUCCAACAGAAAAACAGCAUGAGACUCGCAUGUCCCAGAAUAUGUCAGAAAACAAAAUAGUGACAGAAAACGAUGGUAUACACACACUGAAACCUACUAGUCAAACUGCUGAUUUGAUUAGUUCAAUAGCAAAAAACACAGAAAGCAAACAUGCAGCUAAAACCACUGAUGAUUGCUCCUCCAAGAUGCCACAUGGGAAUGAUAUGAAAACUGAUUCUCUCAUCGACAUGCCAUCCCAAGAAUUAGGAUUGAGAAUAUCGAAAACAACUAGAUCUGGAACUGAAAUCCACGAUGAACGAAAUAUUGUGAAGAGAUCAGAUCUCUCAGCAUUCACCAGGUACCAAACCUCCAAGGGUUCUGAUCAAGCUGGAGCAAGAUUUCGGGGAAGCUGUUCGCCUCAAGAUAACAGCUCUGAUGCUGUGAAAACGAACUCCACCUGCAAGAUGGAGUCGAAUUCAGAUGUUGCUCAAAUAAAGCAAGGCUCCAAUGGUAGUAGCAACAACAUUGACAUGGGUUCCAGUACUAAGAAUGCCACAAAGCCUUCUGUAGACAGGGAGAAAGUGGUGUCACCAUCAGCUGUCAAGUCUAACCAACAUACGUCAGCAUUUCAUCCGGUCCAGCACCAAACGUCUCCAGAAAAGGUGGUAGGGAAUGACAAAGCUGACGAAGAAACUGCCAAUGCAGUGCAACUGGGCCAAUCAAGAGAGGUACAGCAAGGUUCUGUGCAGCAUCACCAUCACGUACAUUAUUACCUCCAAGUUAUGGCACAGCAACAGCCAUCAAUUGGUCGUGGAUUGAACGCUCGGUGUGGUGCAUCCAAUGUGUCUGAUGUGCCCAUUGAAUGUCAUGCUGCAAACUAUAGUGUGAACAGGAGUAUCUCAGGUAGCCAUAAUGAAAGUAAUGUGCAGAACGGAACUAGCUCCACUCCCAAUAUUGCAAGACCAAACAUGGAGAGUGGUGCCAUCAUAAAAAAUGGGGCCGAGGGUGGCAAUGGAAGUGGGAAUGGUCCAAGCGGAAGUGGCAAUGACGUAUGUCAGAAUCAGCUCAGCCAACGCGAAGCUGCCGUAAACAAAUUUAGACUGAAGCGGAAAGAGAGGAACUUUGAGAAAAAGGUGCGCUACCAAAGCAGGAAGAAGCUGGCUGAGCAGCGGCCACGGGUGCGUGGGCAAUUCGUGAGGCAAUCUGGACAAGAAGAUCAGGCUGGCCAAGCAGCAGACAGAUAACAUGACCCUCCUAAUCCAACAUGGCGUCUUGUUUGACACACGGAAAAUUACAUAGGUGAUCAAAUAAAUGAAAACCCGUAUGGUUAUUGUCUGUGGCAGACUUUAGGUGAACAUUUGUAAUAUGUGGCCAUCAGUUGUAGUACUAUUUUAGUUGUCGUUGUGGUUUGCGAUCUUCAGUUCUCUUGGAGAGGUAUAUGCUGUAGUCGAAUAGAGUUUUAAGGAGGAGCAAGCCAGCUACGACAGCGGUUUAUUGGAUCAAUCAUGCAUGUAAAUCUUGAUAGAGCUAAAGUAACUGCAGCAGUUGAUGGCA